AAUAUUCUCCUGUCUUAACAUAAUUAUUACACCUAUCAAGUUAUAAAGUGAAAAGGGCUAGCGUAUUAUUGUAUAUAUACCAACUAUUUCCUUAUUCAGCUGAAUCAGCUCUGUUAAUUUAGAUUUAUUUUUUCCAUAUUUAGCUAAAAAGAGUGAGUAGUCUAGUUUCUCCAAUGGCUGCAAGAAGAGAUUAUUAUGGAUUGGUAAUGAUUGGAAUGAUGAUGGCCAUCUUUUUGGCUUCUUUUGUCUCUGCUGAUCCUGAAUUGCUUCAAGAUGUUUGUGUUGCAGAUCUUGCUUCAGGUGUAAAAAUGAAUGGAUUCGCCUGCAAAAGCAACAUAUCAGCAAAUGAUUUUUUCUUUGCCGGUUUAGCAAAACCUGCUAGCACCAACAACACAUUCGGCGCAACGGUUACACCAGCCUCAGUCACCCAAAUCAAUGGGCUAAACACCUUGGGCGUGUCCAUGGCUCGCAUUGAUUAUGCACCAGGGGGCACUAACCCACCACACACCCACCCAAGAGCCACUGAAAUCGUGUUUGUACUUGAAGGAGAAUUGGAUGUCGGAUUCAUUACCACAGAAAACAAACUCUUUUCCAAGACUAUCAAGAAAGGUGAAAUAUUCACAUUCCCAAGAGGCUUAAUUCACUUUCAGAUAAACAAAGGAAAAGUUCCUGCCGCGGUUAUUGCAGGCUUCAACAGCCAAUUACCGGGCACACAAAGAGUGGCAACCGCUUUGUUUGCAUCGUCUCCCACGGUGGAAGAUGUUGUGUUGACUAAAGCAUUCCAAGUUGGAACCAAAGAAGUGGAGAAAAUCAAGUCUAGACUUGCUCCUAAAGUGUAAAUUUGAAAAAAGGGUCUAUAUGGGUUUCAAGUUUUAAUUUUUUUUAUGUUUUUCUAAUAAUCGUUUGUGGUACAAACAUAUAUGUUAUGGUCAAUGUGGUUUAAGGCUCUGCCAUUUUUGUGAUUUGCUAAUAAGAUUAAAAGUAAUACGUGAGUUUUUGGCA